CGAACAGAAUAAAAUCGAUGGCUGCUUACGUGUUUUAGAAAUUAAAAGAGAAAUUAAAAGACAUUUCUGGCCAUUGUUUCUAAGUGUCAGUAUUAUACUUGAUGCACACCAUGGUGCCAUGAGCAAGAGAAUGUAAAACCAUGACAUGCUGACACUUGAUGACACUCUUAUGUCUAAGUCUACAGUGAGCCUCACGUACUCUCCACAGUAUGCAGUCUGAUGCGGAAUGACGCCAUUUCUAAAACCUUCAUCUUACACAGCUUAUAAGAAGUGUUACUGAGUGUGAGCAAUGAGAAUGGAACAUUGCAGUUUCCUUGUGAAAGCUAUUUUGAGCUUGUGUGCUGUGAUCUGCCAAGGUGAGGUAAUGAGGAUUCCACUGAAAGGUGGCACUGCAGACUACGUGGUCUCGUCAUGGGUUGGCGGUCGGACUAAACGCAGCUCUGAACAGAGGAACAAUCUGAUUGGACGGUCUGGAGAAGGGUAUUACAUGGAGGUUGAGAUCGGCACGCCACCCCAGAAGCUGAAUAUCCUGGUGGAUACAGGAAGUGCAAAUUUCGCUGUGGCUGCUUCAGAAGAUCCGGACAUCACUCGCUAUUUUACUUCUGAACGAUCCACGACCUACGAGGAGAGUGGGACCACUGUCUAUGUUCCGUACACUCAGGGGGACUGGGAGGGCAUCCUGGGAACUGACCUGGUCACCAUUCCGGCUGUCGUUAAUGUCACAGUGAGGUCGCACAUCGCGUUCAUCACGAAAUCGUCAAACUUUUACAUCAACACGUCCGACUGGCAAGGCAUCAUGGGACUUGCGUUCCAGGCCAUAUCACGGCCGGACAGCUCUGUGGUGCCGUACUUUGACACCCUGGUCCAAGAAGGUCACGUCAAGGAUCAGUUUUCUAUGCAGCUGUGUGGAGCAAGUCUUCCCUUCAACACAUCCUACAGCAUGAUGUCCGGCACAAUGGUAAUGGGCGACAUUUCGCCAGAUCUCUACACAGGUGAGGUAUUAUACACACCCAUCUAUAAGGAAUGGUAUUACGAGGUGGUCAUCACCGAUGUGCACGUGGCGGGAACAAGUCUUAGUCUAGACUGUAAAGAGUACAACUUUGACAAGACCAUCGUGGACAGUGGGACGACCAGCCUCAGAUUUCCGACCAAAGUAUUUAAAGCUAUUGUUGCCAAAAUCAGUGGCAGUCUUUUACUACAAGAAUUUCCGUCAGAAUAUUUCUGGACCGGUGAGGAGAUUCAGUGUUGGAGUAGUAUCAGUAUUCCUCUUGAAGCCUUCCCUGUUGUUACAGUUUCUCUUCAAUACUCUGACCACUCAGUCUUUAAAUUACAUUUGUCACCUCAGCAUUAUUUAAGAGCUGUGGCAGAUCCGUCACUGUUGGAUGAAGAGAACAGCUGUUUCAAGUUUGGAAUCGCCUCGUCAAAUUCAGGUACAGUUAUAGGAGCUGUUCUGAUGGAAGCGUUCUAUGUUGUGUUUAACCGGAUUAACAAAUCCAUUGGGUUUGCUAACACGACGUGCGUGCCGAAACAUACGUCAGGAGCACCGUCCUACGUGGAGGGCCCAUUCACGACUGAGUCGGCGUUGUCGGCAUGUGCGUACGUGAAGCCGGUGAAAGACAACACCGUGACCCUCAUCGUCGCCUACGUCAUGACCGGUGUGUGCAUCGUCGGGUUUCUUCCUCUCGCUGUUGUGGCGAUAUACUACAAGAUACGUCGCCACAGAGACAAGAAACAGUUCCGUUCACUGCCAGACUCAGAGAACCUCGUUACAGACAAUCACUGAGUAUAGGGUGAUAAUCUGGAGAGUCACAUGCGAAAACCUACAACUUGGUAUGAAGUCACAAAGCAAGCGAACGUGGUUCAAAGUGUUAACAUCAUUUAUUACAUACCUAUUCAAUCUUGCUAUAAUGAUAAUCAUAAAGGCAUUUUGAAACUGUGUGAUAAAUUUAUUUUGUAUCGCACAUAUUUGCAGUAUGGACCGGAACUUUUAAAUGGGGAAUUCCCUUUUCCU